GGUGAAUCCGCCCGUCACAGCGCUGCCCGCCUCUGCCACACAAAGGCACGAGGAUUCUCUCCACCCAUUUCCCCUCCACUCUCCUGUCCCAGCCCCACCGAGCACACCUGCAUCGGCAGCUUCCCCCCUGCCCCACUUGGCGCCGCACCCGACGCAUCCGACGUCUCCCUCUUGCCAGCCUUCUGCUGUUCCUGCCUAGCCCUCUCGGUAUAAAACCGGCCCUCCGGCCUCAUCCGUAGCUCAGAUCGCGGGCCGCUUGACGGGUCGGCGGCGGCCUCUGCGUCGUGGUGGUGCUGGUGCUGGUGCAUGUCCUGCAUGAGGACGGGCACCACCACCCGCCUCAAGACGCCCUCUAGGAUGAAGGCUGUCAGGCCCCAGACCUUGUGGACACCGCCAAGGUAGGCGGGUACCUGGCAAAGACGCGGUGCUCACAUGGCAGGAGGAUGGAAGUGGGAGUGUGCGUGUGUACCGUGUAGGUGCUGCCCCCUCUCGGCAGCUGCUCCAGCGUCUGCAGACUGGGGUCUGUCAGCUGCUCGAUGGACAGAGUGAACACAUCAGCAACCUGACGAAACAAACCACCGACAGAGGGACCAGACAGACCGGCCAGACAGACAGACAGACACACCAUGAGAGUCAUGGGACGCAUGCAUGUGUGUGUCAUAUACGGCUGCCGACCUCGUCGUCGCUUUUUUCUAUCCACAGGAGUUCGCCCACAUCCCGCCGCAGCAGCCCUAUCACGGGAUGGACGAUCGUGCCUGUCACAGCCACCACCUACACACAGGUAUCACGACACACGCGUCAUCGUGGCCAAAUGCGGACGUGAUGGCUGGCGCUUCUCUCUCGGCCACCUGUUCACACGUUCCAAUGAUGGUGAUGUCCCCAAUCCGGCUGCCGAGCUCCUCGUGGGUCUCGCGUAGGGCAGCAUCUAUGGGCGUUUCGCCCCUCUCAAUAUGACCCCCAGGGAACGACACCUAUCACACGCACACACACACACACACACACACCGAUUGAUGGAUAUGAGUGCACGCUGACCAUCAUGCCUCGUGUGUGUUUCCUCACCUGUCCGGGGUGCGAUAUCUUGUCGCUUCGGAGCGUCAGCAACACACUGGCAACACCGUUGCGAUUGCACAGAGGGAUCUGGACACAACCACAACACAAGGGAACACACCAUUGCAUGAUCUGCCUUUGAUCUGUCGGCUGUGAGAGCGUUUGCGCGUUACCAGUACGGCCGCCUGUCGUGGCGGCGGCGUCCGGCCCGCCAGCUUCUCCACACACUUGGCAGCAGUGGGUGUCAGCAAUGGCACCUGAUUCAAAACCAUCACGGACACAGACAAGUGUGUGUGCCGAUCUUUGUCUUGUCGGCCCCCCUGAGUGCCCAGGCUCACCUGGGGCGGGGUGAAUCCCUGGACGAUUUGCGUCAUCGCCUGGGCUUGUUUCGGGCUGAAGGAAACUCGACGCUGGAUACGAGGAAGAGGUGGCAUGGUGCUCAUGCCGCUCUGGCACAUCCGGCGAUGCCACACAAGCAAGCUGAGCUGCAAGCUCAAGUGGCGAUCGGGUUUCUUCGGGGGGGUUGCGUUUCAACGCCUUUUGACCUACUUUUUGGCGUGCGGGUUCUCUAAUCGCCAGCUUCGAUGUGGUGUUGCAAUUGAAUUGCGUGACGCAUGCAUGAACCAUCAGAAUCACCAGACACGAUAUAAAAAGUAGGCACCGAUGUAUACGGAGCUGCCCCACCAGCCAUCUAUCCAUCCAUCCAUCCACUCAUCCAUCCAUCCAUCCAUCCACUCAUCCAGCCAGCCAGAAACACCGCACCACGCACCCUGACACACACACCCCUUUCCUAUCCAUCCUCGGCCCACUGGCGGCAUCGAGGAGGAAGGUCGGCGGCGGCCUCCGCCGGGCCGCCUUUGGGCACGCCGGCGGAAUGGGUAGCGGUGCUUGGCGUACUUCUCGUCGAUCUGCAUCGGCCGGUUCCAAUACGUCACGUGUGGUGCGUCCUCCAUGGGUGCGUCUGGGACAGCAGCGGCACUGCAUUCACACAUCACAAUGGACCCCAAACACGAUCGAUGUGUGAAAAUCUCGCGUGUGUGUGUGCUCCUCCCUCCCUGCCUUGCUGUGUGUGUCGCCUCACCCGGCUGCCAUGUCCUGGUUGCGGCGGGCGGCUCGUUUGCGGUGCAGCACCUGAUCCAGGGGCUCGUCCUCCUCGUCACGCUUGCGCUUGCCCCCGCUGCCCCUGCCCUGGUCAACACCACCCGCAUCACCCGCCCCGUCGGCACCAGGAGCAGCGCCGCCAAUGUCGGCAGCACCCUCCGCCAUGUCGGCAUCCGCCCCGUCAACACCAGCCCCAGCCUCGUCAACACCAUCUGCAACAGCCAUGUCGGCAUCGGCCUCCGCACCAGCAGCGAAGCCCAUGUCGGCCUCCCCGGCCUCCCCUGGUCCCUCGGCACCCUCUCCGUCGUCUGCCACUGCGGCCAUCUCCUGGUCCUGGUCGUGAUGUUGGGGGGCGGGUGGGGGAGGGGGCGGGUUGGCGGCGAUCUCGCGCGCCUCGACGUUACGCAGCACCACGAUGGCGUCCUGGGCCUGGUAGGACUCGAUGUUGUAGGCGCCAGGUGGGAAGGCGGCCUCUCGGAUGGGCUGGUCCUUCUCUAUCAGGUGGCGGACGUCAUCCACAAAGUUCAU